UUGACUUUGAGGCCACUUAACUUACCUUUGGAAAGGUAUAAAAUAAUUACUUAAACGCUUUCAACUUAUCAAUUCAAAUAGCUAUUUCUGAAGGAUAUAAGUCACCGCCGUGUUCUAUAUGGCUGGCUAAUAAAUGGCUCUUGCCAAAUGUUAUUUGUGGUCUUUUUUUUCUGUUUCUUUUAUUUUCAAGUCGGUUACAAAUUUUGGGAGACAAAUAUUAGUUCAAUAAUAAUUUCUGAUCCCAACAGGCAUGUUGAAAUGCAAACAAAACAAAGCAGAGUUGGAAUUCAGUCUAUAAAAAGCAACUAAAAAAACAAAAAAAAAUGCUUCAUUAGAGUCGGCUGUUCAGUUUUUCGAGAAUGCUAGUGGAACACGUCAUGGCAAUCUUCUCGGCAUUGGCAAUCUUCUAUUAUGACGCCUGAUUAAAAGCAACAAAUUCUAUCUGCUACCCAUUAAUAGAAAAGCCCACCAUCCAAAAAGAAACAAUAUAAAUCUCCGACUUUGUCUAAUAAGACGGCCUUUAAUCCCGGCCAUUUCUUUUUUAAUUCUUUUUCCUGCGAUUUCCCCAUAUUAUUACCAUUCAACAAAACCCACAUUUUUCGAACCAAUCGCUUUUUUCAGAGCUGCGAUGGUCUAACAUUGUAACAAAUCAGAAAAAAAACACCUUACCAGUGGCCAAUCACAAGAACUUAUAUUCAAACACUCCGCGGAUUACCAUUUUGAAAGCUGAAAUACUAAACAAGCAUCGAUAGAAUGUUACUAAAGAACGAUUCAAGCAUUAUUGCCUCCCCUUUUUCGUUCCCUUCUACCGUUCAAAACGUAUCCCAGAUGGACGACGACCCGAAUAAAACUUCCCUCGUCGACUGCUCGUCGUGGGAACACAUCAAUCCGAAUGAGAGCAUCGAGCUAGCUUACCAAAUUGCGCGAGCAGCAGUCGGGAUUUUUGCAAUGAUUGGCAACCUGCUGAUUAUUCUCUCAGUGAUUCGUUUUAACUACUUAAAGAAAGCCUCCGCGUAUUACCUCUGUAACAUGGCUUUAGCCGACUUUCUGCUCGGUUUCGUGGGUGCGACGUAUUAUUUACGAGUGAGUUAUUUUUCGAAAACGAGUCAAAUCACUCGGAAUCUCAGCUUCGUCGUGCAUAACUUCGCCGUGCUGCACAGCAUGUCGAGUAUGGUGAUUGUUGCGGCCGAUAGAUUCAGUUACAUUUGCCACCCGCUAACAUAUGAGGCGAAAAUCUUCGCAACCCGACCCUAUCUGUUCAUAAUUGUGUCUCUCGUUUGGACCACUGUGUUGAUUUGUGCACUGACCUAUCUGUUUGUGAACCACAUUCACAUAAUGAUAAAGUACGGAUCUUUUUUCGACCUCGUGUACUUCAUAAUAGCGGUAGUGUUGCUCUGUGUUCUUUACGGGGCGAUUCUGAAAGUAGCACACGAACAGCGAGCGAAAGACAAGAAGCAAAUGUCGAUCUACAUGCCAAACCCGAACAGCAACAACACUCUUUCGGUUGCUUCCAAUGGGAACGCCGCUUCCAGUGCCAGCGCAACGGGAGGGGCCGAGCAGACGAGAAGCAAGACCCGAGAGGCUAAGGCGAACCGAAAAGUGAUCUACGGUUAUAUGUUCAUAGUCGGAACAUUCACAGUGACGUAUAUUUUUGCGUACGUGAUGCUACAAAUCCGCCACCACAUUGACUAUUGCGCAAUCGGCUACGAGAACACGAGUCAAUUUUACUUCUUUCUUCUAACAUCAAUCACGCUGCAAAACUUCAACGCCGCCUGUAAUCCGAUAGUUUAUACCGUGUGUCUAUCACACUUCAAGAAGGCGUUCCGAAAAAACAUCAUCCAGAUCGCGACAUGUUGCCGCGUUUCCGGUGAUCGUCGCGACACCCAGACUACCUUCGUUCUGGACGUUCCGGAUGACCGAAAAGCUUCAUCGUUCAGCAAAAGGUCGACGAACGAAAAGAUCUCUAGAAACUCAAUUUUGUCCAAUGGAAUUAACGUAGACAAUAAAAACUCGCCGAAUAGAAAGCCAACUAAGCAAUCGAAUUGCUAGCCAAGAAUUCAGAAUAAAAAAACUUAAUCAUAAAAAAAUAAGGCAACGUGAAAUUAUUCUAACAAACUGAUAUUUCACAAAACUAUGUUGUAUUUUUAUCACUCCAAUUAAUGUUUCCAUUACUUAGACUGUAGAUGUACAUGUAUGUAAUUCAGAUAUAGCUUUUCAGAAAAAAAAACUUUCGAUAUUGAUUGAUCAACCAAAAUGCUGCUAUAUACUUAAAAUUGAUGAAUAAAUGUUCAAUUUCUAUUUUUGUAAAUUG